AGUAUCAAAAGAAAUGGCAACUCAGCAUUGUGAAACAUACCCAAGUGACAGAGACAACGCCGAAAAUAAGAUAUCGAUACAGGUCCAAGGUUUUCGUCUUGAAAUUUAUUCAACUCGCCAGACCAAAUUCUCCUGCUCCAUUGAUAAAAAUGAAGUAGAAAUCGUGCUGAAAAUCAAAGAAGAAAAAGAGGUCUUGACAAUCGGUGUACAGCCUCAGGACGAAAGAAACAUCGGAGUAGGACUAGACACUGCUCCCGAAACUUCGGGGUCGGAGACACACGAUGACGAUAUAAUGUCUGAAAUUGGACCACUGCGAUCUGAUGGCGGAAGGCAUGUUUCUCUGGGAUUGCCAGAGGAGUGAUUAUGGAUCAUAA